AUGGCGGGCUUCUUGACCUGGUUGUGGGACUGGCUGCUAUGGAUGUUCUGGGCGACCGAGAUGGAUGUUGCCAUAGUUGGAUUACAAAAUGCCGGCAAGACGAGUUUAGUGCGGGUUCUUGCGGGCAACGAAUUCACCGUCGACACUGUGCCCACAGUUGCAUUUAACAAGAGAGAAGUCAAGAAAGGCCAUGUUUCCAUCAAGUGCUGGGAUCUCGGAGGUCAACCACGUUAUCGAUCUAUGUGGGAGCGAUAUUGUCGCGGAGUCAAUGCCAUUAUUUUCGUGGUCGAUGCCGCCGACAAGGCCGCCAUUCCGGUGGCGCGAGAGGAGCUGCACAGUCUUAUGGACAAGCCUACGCUCAACGCCAUCCCUCUCCUCGUCCUCGGCAACAAGUCGGAUUUGCCCAACAAACUGUCGGUGGAUGAACUGAUUGACCAACUGGAUCUGAAGUCGAUCGUUCGGCGGGAGAUCAGUUGUUAUGGAAUCAGCGCGAAGGAAGAGACCAAUCUGGAAGCUGUGCUCCAAUGGCUGGUAGCGAGGUCUGCGAAAUAA